UCAAUGGCCUGAAAAAUAAGAACAGGCAGCUGAAAACUCUCCUGGCCAUUGGAGGCUGGAACUCCGGGACUGCCCCGAAAUGCAUCAAGCUUUUGAGCAGGAGGCCAAGCAGAGCAACAAGCCCAGGCUGUUGGUCACUGCUGCAGUAGCUGCUGGUAUCUCCACCAUCCAGUCUGGCUAUGAGAUCCCCCAGCUGUCACAGUACCUGGACUACAUCCAUGUCAUGACCUAUGACUUCCAUAGCACCUGGGAGGGCUACACUGGAGAGAACAGCCCCCUGUACAAAUACCCGACUGACACUGGCAGCAACGCCUACCUCAAUGUGGAUUAUGUCAUGAACUACUGGAAGGACAACGGAGCCCCAGCUGAGAAGCUCCUAGUUGGAUUCCCUACCUAUGGACGUCUCAUCCUGAGCAACCCCUCCAAUGAUGGAAUUGGUGCCCCCACCUCUGGUGCUGGUCCUGCUGGGCCCUAUACCAGGGAGUCUGGGACAUGGGCUUACUAUGAGAUCCUGAAAAAUGGAGCCACUCAGGAAUGGGAUGACCCUAAGAAAGUGCCUUAUGCCUAUCAGGGCAAUGUGUGGGUUGGCUAUGACAACGUCAACAGCUUCAAUAUUAAGCCUCAAUGGCUUAAGAGCAACCAAUUUGGAGGCGCCAUGGUCUGGGCCAUUGAUCUGGAUGACUUUACUGGCACUUUCUGCAACCAGGGCAAGUUUCCCCUAAUCUCCACCCUGAAGAGGGUCCUCGGCCUGCAGAGUGCAAGCUGCACGGCUCCAGCUCAGCCAACCGAGCCAACAACUACUGCUCCCAGUGGGAACAGGAGUGGGAGCAGCGGCUCUGGAGGCAGCUCCGGAGGCAGUGGAUUCUGUGCUGGCAAAGCCAAUGGCCUCUACCCAGUGGCAAAUAACAGAAACGCCUUCUGGCACUGCGUGAAUGGAGUCACGUACCAGCAGAACUGCCCGGCCGGACUUGUCUUCGACACCAGCUGUGAUGGCUGCAACUGGACAUAAACCUGACCUAGUCUAUAUUCCCUAGAGUUCCAGUCCCUUUUGCUUAGGACGCAUUGCUCCUACCUAAAGUCCUGCAAUAAAAUCAGCAGUCAAA